GUAUGGCAAUAAAAUAGAAUUAGCCUUUGAUUUUGCAUGAAAACAACGCUCAGCCCUUGCUACAAAAUGAAGAAAAGGAGUAAGAAAAAAGGUGUAACACUCAAGUGAUAUAUAACUUGGGAUUUUGGCAAGUAUUUUAAGUAACGUUUGCAUCGUACUAUUUCCUUUCUUUUUUCUUCUGUUUGUCUAAAACAUCUUGCUAAUGUCUUCGUCGUCGAAUAGUAACAACCCAAAGUCAUACUAUAAUACUCCAAAUUAUGAUGGGGCUGCUAGUAGCUCUUCCAGUCAACAUCAACCAAAAGUUGUCUAUAAACCAGAUGAAAUAAGCUCCAUUUCGACAAGUGACUUGCUGCCACCACCACCUUAUUCGCCCAACCCUUCUGCUGCUACUGUUGGACGUAAUUCUUCGUCUUCCUACGGUUCCGUCCAUAACAAUAGAGGAAGCUUGGAUUUGGAAAACCAGCAACAACAGCAACAGCAACCGUUAUUAAGUAAUAUUAGCCCAAAGCCAGCGGUUUGGGUAUCCUCAUCCAUUGAUCCACUUGAACAGCAGGCACAGCAGGCAACACCUUCUACAUCUUUUUCACCAGGAUUGGCUUUGUUUAACAAAAAAAACCGCAAAAGCCUUUUUCAUGCUGCUAGCCAUAAUAGUGGUGAUGAACACGAUGUAGGUCACUGUCGUGUUUGGUGCAAAUAUAUUUUUGCUGCUAUCCUGUUGUCACUUGUCAUUUACGAAUACAGUGAUAAAUUGUUUUCGGGCGUUACACCAGCCAAGCCGAAACCUUCACCAUCACUACCGCCACAACAGCCAAAUUAUUGUAGCAGCAGCAACGUAGGAGAUUGUGUUACUUGGCAAGGCAUGCCAAGCACCAUUGAUUUUGACAGUAUUAAGAACCUUGAACUUAUUGUCAAGCAUACGAACGACAACGACCAGCAAUAUUCACAGGGGCAGCAGUUACAUGAAGAAGGAGAAGAGGAUGACUAUUAUUAUGUUAUACAACAAGGCCAGCUAAUUAUCACACCUACAGAAGAUCGACAUCGUGGAACCAUUCUCAGUGACAUAAAAAUCUAUCCUACUGAUUUAGAUUUAUCCUACGAUUUGACGUAUCCGGAGGAUGAUACUUUAAGGCUCUUGGUUGAAGUACCUAUGUAUUUUAAAAUGAGAGGAAAUGAACGACAGCAGCGACGACCGUGUGUGAAUGCCCAAAUUGAAAUCAAAUUACCUUAUGACUUGGAUAACGUACACGUUCAAUUGACCAAUAUGAAUAUUGAUGUGGUUGGGCCUUUUGUUACGGAUAACAUGGAAGUAUUGGAUUUACAAUCCUCCAAUGGACAUAUCAUAUUAAAUGAAGGAUGGGCUGGCAAGCGCAAACUCAACCUUAUUACGAGCAAUGGAAAUAUAGAAAUCAAUGGUGAUAAGGUUAUCUCAGACGACGAAGUGUAUAUUGAGACGAGCAAUGGAAAAAUUCGAUUUACUCAGGAUGUAAUAGCUAAACGACGUGUUCAGAUUACGAAUAGCAAUGGGGAGAUAGAAGCCUUACCUAAUCUGAUACAGGCAGACUCCGAAGUAUUGCUUAAAACGAGCAACGCUGCUACAAAACUUUCUCGUGUUAUGGCUGAUAGAGUCAUUACUGAAAAUGCUAACGGAAUUGUCUCAAUUGUUCAUGCAGAAGCGAAACAAGAGAUUGUGGUAACAAAUUCUAACGGGCCUAUUUCGCUUUCAGUCUAUGGGACCAAAAAUAACAGAGUCACCGUGAUCACCAGUAAUGCUAAAGCAAGCCUUCACAUGCCAUAUGAAUUUGAAGGAGCUUUCGCCUUGAGUACCUCUUUUGGAGAUGUGCGGAUUGAAAGUGAUGAAGGCAUUACUUAUCAAGAUAAAUUGGAUCAUCUGAAGAGAGGAUUCAGACGGGGAAAAGGUAACAAGGGCGACCUCACUGCUCAAACAAGUAAUGCAGAUAUAGAGGUUGCAUUUGAUGUAUAAAUAUUUAUACAAGUAAAAUCACCGGUCCCUGUAUGAAAUAACAAACCCAAGCUAUGCUUUAUUG